AAUGUACUUAUAUGCCCAUUGUAGAGGAGCAUGGACAUUAGCAUGACCUUUCCAUUCCUCAUCUCACUCUCCAUGACUCUAAUAAGUGUGAAAUCAAUGCGUAUUCCCCAAUGCCAUGUUCAUGUAUUUGACAACCAGAACACACAUCUAUUCCACCUUAUCAUCUUCUGCCACCCAAAGAAACAGCCUAGUACGGGAGAAUCUUCAAGGAGAUUUUUAUCAUCCAGACAGUGUUUAACUUGUAAAUAGGAUUAAGCGGGCCAGUAUCGUAUUAGUUAAACCUCUCACUGUCGGAGCCCUCGAAACAGAGGAGAGAAGCUGUUACCUGCGCUCCACUUUUUUCCCAUCUCCUUUCCAUUCUGCUGCAUUCCGUCUUAAUUAUAGCCUCUUGGCUCCACUCAUCUUUGUGCCUCUGAGCAUUAUGUUCAUACCAGGAGGGGCCUGUGCCAAGAUCUGUGCCACAAUAAGCCUGACUCCUUGCCCAGGGCAGGAAGUAUUUAAGUCAGCCUAAAUUGGGCCGGUGCCAUAGAGGGGGUGAAAUCCAGACUUGCCUACUCAGGAACAUUCUUGAUACUUGGAAAGGAAAAGGAGCCUCUCUCCUUCCUGUGUCAUUGGGAGCCCAUAUGCUUGGUGAGGGAGGCAAACUGUGACUGAAGAGGAGGGAGGCGUUUUCCUAGGACGGACAUUGGUCUCCCCAGGGCCUCCUUGUGGCUCCUCCAACUUCCAGUCUUCUACUCAUCCCAGUACCACCAGAGCGACAGGGGUACAUGGCUCACUUAUGUAAAGUUGUGAGGUUACUGGAGGUGGGAAGAGGAAUGAUGGGUGGGUCUUGGCUGUGGGGAAGUGGGAAGGAACCCUUUUAUUUAUUUUUAAUUUUUUGUAAGUGAAUGAAAUUCUACUGUGUGCUUCUUCGGUGUGUCAAUUUACAGGCACAAAACAUGCCUUGUGCUGUUGUGGAGCAGCUCUCAGCCCAGCUCUCAGCCCAGCUGCCCCGCUUGCGGCUGAAGUGGUUCGUUGUGGUGAACAGGCUUUUCUAAGAUCAGCCACAGAGAGCGCCUGCAACCAGCCCUCCUGCCUCGGAAUGUCUGGUAUGGGAACCAGUGUAAAGCAGCCUGCCUGGCUACGUCUCCUGACAGUGACAGGGCCUCCCUCUGUCUCUCCACCUCUUCCUGGCCUUCCUUCUUCUCCCUCCUUAGGUGUGGUCCUCUUCCAAAGCCUCUGGAUUGGGUGCACUGUCUCUCAUCACCUCUGAUUAGUUUGUUCUUUGUCUGAGUAGUUGUUCUUGUUGUGAGACAUGUUAUGCAAUGCUGGCCGAAACUCCAUAGCUUGGAAAUUGUAACUUUUCGGUUUCUGUGAAGAGUGGAUAUCCACGCCCCGCGAAAAUCUAACUAGCAUAGUAAAAAAAAAUCCCAUAAAAUCUGUCUGUUAAGGUAGAGAUACAGUAUUCGUUUUUUUGGUUGCAUGGGCUGCGUCUCAAUCUACCACAUCCGUUGAUGUCGGCCUUCAUCAUCUGCGGUGAAAGGUGGCAGAGCUACAGCGGUAUUUGUUAGACUAGGAGACAUCCUGAAAAUCGGUCUUCUCACCAAAACGUCUGUAGCGUCCGAACGGUUUGGCCUAAACACUAAUAUGACCCCUCUAUGGAAAGGUGACACUCUCACGAACACGUUGGUUGUUUUGCUCUAGGAUGCCCACAAGACUCAUCUGAAAAAAGGUGGUUCAAUAAAAUUAAUUUCUUGAUUUUAUAUAUCUCAGAUAUAGGACAGACACUUCAAAACAAACUUGCUUUUGAUUUAUUAUAUUUAAUUAUUUAUCUGUUUAUCCAUGUAUGAAUCUGUUAUUCAAUGCGGUUCUAUGGGCUAACAGCAGUAAGGCCAAAUUCAAUGUUUCAUCAAAUAUAAUUGUUCGUUAUUUUUUGAUACCCAAAGGGGCCUUACAUUUCUAACUCAAAUGGCUAAAUGAUCCUUGGUAUGAAUAUCUUAAAACAAUUCCUUAUGUUAGCUUAGUAGAUCGCCCCCAAGCUUAGACUCUGAGCGGUUAAUUAAUUAUUUAAAUUAAUAUGAAUAAAAUGAUUUUAUGUUCAGAGGUUUUCCUCUAUAUUAGCGAUAUAAUAUUAUGACUGUGUUUAAAUGGAUGGGCAAUAUUUAUUGGUCAUACCAUGACACACUAUGACAUAUCCUUCCAACUCACACAUGUGCUACAUUUGACAUGUACAAUUUCACAACUGUGACUGCAUUUUGUAGACGUGACUGUGCAACUUUAAAUGUACUUACUGUAGUAGGUGUGCUGGGUGGGGAUUUGGUAGACAAUCUCAGUUUGAACUUUAAAUAGAUGUUUUUGUGGGUUGGGAUCUUUGUGGCCACUUAUAUCACUCAAGGAAUAUGUGAGCGCGCAUAGUUUUUUUUAAUGUGUGCUGUCAGUCCCUCAAGUAAACAAUGCUAUUCGACCCACCAUCUAGUAUUGUCCUCAGAAUCAAAAGCUUCUGCCAAAACCUUCAAUCAUGGGUAAAAUGAUGUAGAACAUUGACAACCCCUUUUACAGAACAUAUAAAUGCAAUGUGAAGUAAUUCACAGGUGUGUGUGUGUGUGUAUGUAGCAAUGACUGUGGGUUGGUAGUGUAGACCUACCUAUCACAUAACUGGUGCGUGCAGACAUUCCGUAAUGGCCACGACAUUGCCCAACUACUCACCUGAUCCUGGGUUGGUUACUUCAUUAGACAAUGGGCGGCAAGCCAACAUGCAGUCUACAGGUCCACCCUAAACAAUUUCAAGAUGGAAGAUUACAUUUUAUUCCUGACGAAUGGAUUUUGUAUUUUUUUUUAAACAGAUAUUUAAAAGUCACUGCCCAAAACCUGAAUCUAUCCUGUAUUCUAUUGAACACUGUAUUAAUGAGCAACCCAUGUACAGUAAAUUAGAUGUGUCCAUGUGUGUAAUAACUGUAACAGAAUUGUAAAGCAAGUUUUAUUUAUUUGGUGAAAGUACAGUAUGGGUCAGAUAUGUUGCACAGCGUUUGGGUAUAUGUUUUCCAUUCCUGUGUGGUUAAAAAUGCGUUAUGGGUUAGGCAGCCCCUAUGUCUAUUUUUACUUUUCUGGUUUUAUGUAGCUUAUAGGGCUAGUGUCUGUUUUUCAAAACGCUAACCCAUAUGUUUUCAGUUAGACAAUGAGAAUGAACACCAGAGUGUCUGAUUUCUCUAUUUCCCUGACUGUUAAAUUUUGCAAGUCUGGAUUACUAAUGAUGUAAAUACCCCAAGUCCGUGAUGACUCUUUGGUUUUGUUCACCCUUGACUACUACUGUCAGUGGCAAAUGUGUGACGCAGACGCACCACCAAUACAAUUAUAAAUUAUCAGUCAAAAUAAACGAUACUACAUAGAUUACGCCAUUCAUCUGAAUUAAUCCCUUAUGCCAUAAAUUCAGCCAAUGGACAACGUGGUAUGAAACACGAUAGCCAAUCGCAUCUAAGCAACUGAGCAAUGCGCCCGCCCAGCUGUCAAUUUGAUACAUGAGGAGGCGGUGCCAUACAGUGAGGCGUGGUCGGAGUCCCCUCGGUCAAUGUAGCAACUGGUAGUUAAGCACACAUGGGUCAAACACGGGCUGCCACUGGGAGUCUGACAUCCUCAACAGUCAUGCCUGCAGCGUAGAAAGAAACAGGCUGCUGUAACGCAUCGAAGUUUGGCAAAUGCGAUUUUAGAAAAUUAUGUGCUAAAUUCUGUGCUACCUACAUUUUUUCCAGUGAUGGGGGGAAUAGAACAAAGAUAAUUGAACAGCAUGUAGCUAUUGCAUUUGUUCCUCACUCAUAUCGGAUUAUAAUCUGGGGUUACCUAAUCUCUGGUAAUCUGAACUAAAUCUAUCUAAUUGUGGUAGAAAACUACACUCCCGCUGUUCUGGUGCACCAUCAGAGACGCUUUGCGCAUCAGUUGGUCUUUUUGGACACCAUGCCGCCAAAAAGAAAUUAUCAACUGAUUCUCCAAGACUGAUCAUAAGGACAUUAAGAGAGUAUAUCUGCACCAAAUUCUCGUAAGAGUGAAAUUAAGGCUAAUUGGAAUCUGGAGACCGAAGGUCGCAUUAAAACGCGCAGCAGCUGCUUUUCCAGAGAUUAAGAACAUGUAGCAUAUUUUUCACGUUGAAACAUUUUAUUUGCCAUGGAUAUUUUUCUAACGUUUUAUGAUGGGGUUGAUAUUAUAUGUGAGAGAGUUCGGGCCGGGGUGUUGUAAGCGUGUUCUGGGAGUAAUGUGCGCAUCAUCCAAUGGCAGCAUCUAUUCCACACAACAGCGUCAGCACGUCAUCAGUUCACAUCUACGAAACGAGUUUUAUUAAAUGAGGACAUGUGAGGGGAUCUGAGAGUAAGAAAAACAGAUUGGAGAUUAGAUAGGCUGCGUGUUAGAAAUACUAGAGGCGAGCAAGACGUGUGAUAAAUCAUUUCAUCAAGUGGACAAGAACAGACCGAUGCUGGACUGUGCACUGUCUGGAAGAGUGUCGCUUUUUAAAAUACACAUGCGACUCGAUUUUUGUAAAAGUAUCAUUGCAAUUGAAUUCGGAAUCGUUUGUGUGUGACUGUGAAUGGAUUUGCAUUUUCCAGCCUUAUUCCGUGAAGACUGGAAUAUGUAAUGUACGAUAAUCACACAUCAUCGUUUGGCUGUGCUGUCUGGGCAAUCUUGUUGAUUUAAACAUUAUUCCUGUCUAUGUUUUGGCGGAUUCUUUCGACGGCUCUCUGUGCAUCUCCAUUCUCGUUAUAUGAGGUAUCAUCUGUUGCUGCAGCCGGAUUAACUGACAUUGUCAUGCAUUUGGAUCGAAUUUAGCUGCUGGACAUGUGGGCAAUCAGCAAUUCAUAAUUUCCCCAAUUGAACAUGUUUUAUUUCAGGUAAAAUGGGAGAACGAUUAUUGUUACUAUUAUUGCUACUCUUAUCGUUACAUGCGGGUCGGUGAUAGCCUACUGCAGACGAGCCAUUCAAAAUCGUCCAUCUCCACAGCAGCCGGCUUCUCUGAGAUUUGAUCGUUACUUUAUUGAAUCAGACUGUAAUAUCCCCGUCACGAUACGGAUUUCGGCUUGAAGUAGGUCUAGUAUUGGAGACAAUACGGGAAUUGUGGAGGUAUUGCAUUUCUUUCUAACCCGGUUAUUCCUUCACAACUGAGGAUAAAUGUUGAUGAUGGAGGACGACGAAUUAGCUCAUCAGGUUGAUUCGGAUUUCGAGCCGCAAAACCGGCCUCGCUCGUGCACUUGGCCACUGCCUUGUCCGGAGGAUUUCCCCGAAGUACUGGAAGUCAAUGGGGGUCUUCCACUGACCACCAUCAAGGUGGAACCAGAUGACAAUCUAUCCGUUUCAGCGUGCAGAGCGGGGAGAAUGGGUGGCACGCCGACGGAACUGAAGCAUCCAGCAGUCGCCCCUGCUCCCAUCGGCGCGACGCACCCAUGCUUGGCCGGCGCGGCACUUGAUGUGACUGGACAAUUGCGCAAAGCCAAAUCCUCGCGGCGGAACGCAUGGGGUAACCAGUCGUACGCGGACCUUAUCACACGAGCCAUUGAAAGCACCCCUGAAAAAAGACUCACGCUAUCACAGGUCUACGAUUGGAUGGUCCGCUAUGUUCCCUAUUUCAAAGAUAAGGGCGACAGUAAUAGUUCAGCUGGAUGGAAGAACUCCAUCCGACACAACCUGUCCCUCCACACACGCUUCAUCCGGGUGCAGAACGAAGGCACGGGUAAGUCCUCUUGGUGGAUGCUCAACCCUGAAGGGGGCAAGAUGGGCAAGGCCCCUCGCCGGCGAACCGUCUCCAUGGACAACAGCACCAAGUACCUGAAGAGCAAGGGCCGGGUCAGCCGCAAGAGGGUGGGCAGGCCGGGGAUUGGUUCUGGGGCUCAAGUGGGGCUCCAGGCUUCCCCUGAGCAGGGUAGCCCACCGGGGAAGGUUCUCCCAGGCAACAUAGGGGGAGCUGGGGGUGUGGAAGGAGAGUUUGACGCCUGGACGGAGCUCCACUCCCGGGCUAGUUCGUCCACUUCGACCCUGAGCGGGCGCCUCUCGCCCAUCCUGGCCGAGGGCGAGCUGGAGGAGUCAGAGGAAGGCGGGCUAUCCUGUUCGGCCUCGCCCCACCUCUACCCCUCCCCCUCCUCCAGCGCCCGCUCCCCGGCUAUGGGGGCCGCGGGAGGCCACUGUCCACCUGUGGAGCAGCUGCCCCAGCUGGCUAAUCUCACGGGGGCGAUCAGCCUGGAGGAGAGGCUCCUGGAGGAAAGCUACCACCAUCAUCAUCCUCACCCGGUGGCAGGCCACAAACUUCCCCCGGUCUAUCAUUACAACCCUGGGGUUAAAGGUCAGGGGUCAUACUGCGGUGCGGUCUACAGCCAGGCUGGGAUGGGCAUGCUGCGCCACCACUCGCCCAUGCAGACCAUCCAGGAGAAUAAGCCGGCUAGCUUCGGCGGCACCAUGCGGGCCUACUCAGGGACCAACGCCCUGCAGAGCCUGCUGACAGGGGGCCACGGAGGGCCACAGCAGUACUGUGCCAAGGACAUAAUACUGGGCCAGGAGAGAGAUGCCCACCCCAUGAUGGGGCCCUCCACGAAUGGAGUGAGCUCCACCCAUCACAGCCAUCACUCCGGACACAACGGACAUGCAGCACACAGUCACAAUGGCAGCCACACAAACCACAACUCGGCUCACAGCCACAACGGCCACAACGGUACUCAGAGUCGUAACCUCAACCCUGUGACCAACCACAACAACCACAACUCUCCUCAUCUUGGCCACAACCUCAGUCAGAACCACAGCAUCCACACAACACACACACCGACUCAAGCCCCAGCCCCAGCCCUGGCCCCACGCAUCAGCAGUGGCCACCUUCAUCCCUACAGCCACAAAGCCCCCUAUCUGUACAGCCCCCCGUCCCACGCCCACCUCCCCGCUUCCACCACCCUGCCACCCAACCCGGCCGGCAUGCUGGGGAUGCCUCAGGACUCCUGCCACCUGGCCACCGCCCCCCACCCCUUGCACCCCUGCCACAACACUUACCCCAGCCCCCAACACCAGGGAAUGGGGAGUGGACUGUACCACCACCAACGGGGCAUGGUGGGAGGCGGCACAGGAGGCAGCUACCAUGGUAGCUCAUACCACCAGCCUCACCCCCAUGAGAGACUACCAGCUGAUCUUGACCUGGAUAUCUUCCACGGGAGCUUGGACUGCGACGUGGAGUCCAUCCUCCUCCACGAUAUCAUGGACUCCGGAGAGGAAAUGGACUUUAACUUUGACAGCUCCUUAGCCCAGGGGGUGGGGGUCGGGAUGGGGAUGGGCAUGGGGGUGGGCGUGGGGGUGGGCAUGGGCAUGAGUGGACUGGCAGGCCCUCAGCAAGCCCACAACAACCAGAGCUGGGUGCCCGGCUGAGACGUUUCCCGGAGUGCUUCCGGGCAGGCCUCAGAAAAGACUCCACUACCCAGAGUGCUGCAGGCCAGCCCUCACUGCCCCUCAGAUAGACAGACUCCACCCCCUCCCCACUAACAUGUUGGGGAGCACUGUGCUUAACUGUGUCAUUCCUGGACUGAAAACAGAGGAGAUGGGAUAAACACUGUCACUCACUUCCCAUACCUUUCUAUGUUGUGUUAUAAAAUGGCCCCGUCCUAUUCCUCCCUGCCCGGACUCCCUCUGGAGAUUGUAGCUCACGUCACAUUGGUUUUUCUCACAUCAGCUGUAUACUGUGAUGACAAUCUCAACUGUGUUGUUGCCCAACAUUGUCCCUUUCUCAUCUACUAUCAUGAGACCUGAACUCACCAAGCACUUUAAAACAAGUGGGUCAGACUCCACAACUCACUCACAAACAGACCUGGGUUCAAGUACUAUUCAAAAUCCUUUCCAUCACUUUAUCUGGGCUUGAUUGAGUUUGCCUGGUGCAAUGGAACCAAUAGAAUUGUCGCAAAAGUGCAAACCCCGUCUAUCUUGCGAUCCAGGCAGACUACAGCAAACGCUAAAUGGAUUUUAAAUAUCUCAAAUGGAAUUUGGACCCAGGUCUGCUCACGUAGCAGGCAAAUUCAUGCAGAGUUUGGCUGUUUGCAAGGCGGGUACGGUAUUUGACAUACCAUUUUGCUGAACAAACAAAGAAAGUGCAAGAAUCAGGAUCUGUAGAUACAUUCGUGGCAUAGAUUUAUAAUGGGGGUUGCUAUGCUGCUACGUUUACUGCCAGUGGGAAGCAGGGAAAAUGUCAUCAAAGAUUUCUGAUUGAUUGCUUAUUUGGUCUCUUUGUCGUUGGCUCGUAUUAGGUCAAAUCAAAUUAUACAUUUUGGGAAAGACUCUUACAACGACCUGUGCCUCCUCACUGGCCUAAUUGAAAACUAUAAUCUGGUGCUUUACUUGACUGUGCAAGUCAAAAUGUAUGUUAUAUUAGUCAGUUGCAUUAUGUCAAUUGAAUUAAUCUUUGGAAUAUUCAGAAGGCAAAAUUCGAAAUGGCGUAUCACCUUGUCUCAACCAGGGGUUUCUUUUUUCUUUGUGGCGCCAGCUUUUUUUCUUUAACUGUUCUCUCUCUCGUCUCUCUCUCUCUCUCUCUCUCUCUCUGUCUCUCUCUGUCUCUCUCUCUCUCUGUCUCUCUCUCUCUGUCUCUGUGCCAACGGAGACAGAGUGAUCAUCCCUCAGACCGACCCAUUAAACUGGGGCUUGAUUGAAAUUCAGCAUCUUGCUUUUAAUCUCCAAAGUGAUGCUGCAGCCAUGCAUCAUUAUCGGGAAUCUAAACGCAACAGCCUCCCAUCCCUCUCUUUCUCUCUCUCUCUCAUCUCUUUCUCUCUCACCCCCGCAGUUGUCGCUAACGUAAUGUGCUGACUGAUAGCCGUGAUUAACGCCUAGUCAUCCUGGCCUGAGGGAGACAACGCCGUCCGUUUUGUCGGUUUGUCUGUUCGGAAAGGGCACUGAUGGGAAAAAGAACCCCACACAAAAUAAGUAAACACUGGUUGAUAGGUCAAAAACGAGAUAAUCACAUAAUCAUGAACCUUUCCCCGUCCUUUUUGGGGCGUGUGUGUCUUAAACGGGUAGUGUGUUUGUGUCGUAAGUCAUCAUCUUCGUCAUCAUCAUCUGUAUUUUGUGUUCCCUUGCACAUGUUAUGAGGUCGUCUGACUGUUUUGGGCAUGGUGGGAGUUUGAGUUUUGACUGGUUCUCUGGUAUAAGGUACUGUACAUAUAGGCGGAGAGGGGUAGAAAAGACUACGAACACAAUCAGCCAAUCGGAUUGGCAUUAAUUUCUGUCAGACAGGGUUGUUGUUCCUUCCUACCUUCCUUCCCCCCAUCUCCACGUUCAGCGUGUUUCCCUUUUUGUCGUCGUUCUCUCUUGUUGUCGUUGUAAUGUUGACGUUCUGAAGGGACAUACAGGGACAGGGUGGAUACGGCAUGGUAAUGUGUGAAGGCAGAUAUCGGGAUUGUGAACCCCGCCCCCUCCACACCCUAUACUCUAGGCUACACCCGUCCCCAUGAAUUGGACGACAGUGUCUGUGUAUAUGUGGGGAGUCUAUUUACUGUAGCUCUAGCCACCACACUCUAGUUCCACACAAAGCCUCGGGACAGGAGAGAGCCAUGGGUCAUGUUCAUUAGGGCACACGCAGCACACCAUUCGAACUGUCUUAACGGAAACCGAAAAUGAGUGUUUCUUAUUGGACAAAGUCCAGGUUGUCCCGCUCCGAUUCAGUCAGUUUUUGUUCGUUUGAUGCCUAAAGAACAUGAACCAGCUCUCCUGUCUCCCUCAGUAGACACGCUCUGCUGUGGACUGUACUGAGUACUUCUAACAGGAAUGUCCUAAAAUGUACACCGCACCUGAGAUUUCCUAAUAUGUACACCGUACACGGGGCAUAUCAUUACAGCCAGAGGUCAAGUAUGGCACGGACUAUCAGGCCCUAUCCUCGAGAUCAACAUCCUUAUUCUUAGGAUGUCGUCUCUUGUUCAAUCUCAGUCUGUGAAGUAUGUGUGGAAGGUAUUGGCGAAAUGUUAUAGCCUGCGCUAAAAAGGUUUAGUGACGCCCCGAUAUUGGGAAAAUAGAGCUAUAUAUAAUAUAACAUUUUAUUAUACACAUAUUUAUUUAUGAAAGAGGUGGGUCUUUGUCACCCCCGAGUGUGGUAGUUUGUGAGCCAACUCCAAUUGCCCUCCCAUUUUUUUGGUCUUUGUUUCCGCGUCACACUUUCUUUAUAGUUGUAAGGAUUUUAUUUUGUACAAAAAUCUAUAUAUUGAGGAUAUUGUAUAAUAGUUUUUAAACUCAAAAAGAAAUGAUUAAUUUUGUUGUCUUUCUUUUUUUUAAGAGAAUGUAUCUUAUCUGGUGACUGUUAAAUAAAUGACAUGAAAAGAAA